AUGGCGAAAGGGAAAUAUUUUUCGGAUAUUGGGACGUACCUUCUGUCGCUUCACUACGGUGCAGCUCUUGAUUCUCCUGUGUUAUUAUCUUCCAUAGGGAAUGCGUACUUAAGGGGAACAGGGGCAGAUUCUAGAGAACUUGUUGUACCUUGGGUUCCCAAACUGGGGUUACAGACGCUCUUACAGAUGCCCUCACCCACACGGGAAUUCAUUAAUAUAAUAACCGCCUUGAUAUACGGACCUCACGCCUACGUUUCAGAGAGGAAGCAGUUUUCAAGAUUCCUCAACGUGAUGUUACUGAGUCGGGUCCUCCUACCUCUGGUGCUGUGUUUUGCUGUGAUCCCCUUGCUUGUUUUUGGCGGUGAUGGUUCUCUUAAGUCUGGCAAGUGUCCCAUAUUCCCUAAAGACACCCUCGCGCCUUGCAUCACCUACUGCUUUAAAGAUUCUGAUUGCAAAGAAGAUAUGAAAUGCUGCUCCGUCGGUUGCAUGCAAAAAUGUAUGAAACCAGAGACAUAAAUCGAAGAAUUGAAAUAUCAAGCUGGCGAGAAAAAGGCUCGAGGACGAAUGUUGAUCUGCAGCUUGAAGAGGAGUAUCAGAUAUAUCGAUUAUGUUUCCUUGGCCAUUUCAAGUCAGAUGUGUGGUUUGAUUAUCAACUUAAUAUAUGCCAUAUUAAUGUCUAAUUUUGUAAUGAUAUAAUAAUUAAUGUGACUGACAAUAUUGACAACGAUGGUGAUGAUGAUGAUGAUGAUAAUUCUUUUGGAUGCACAAAAAAGUGUUUUAUGGUGUUUGUACAGUAAAAAAAGGAAAGGGAGAAAAUGAGACGUCUAGAAAGAAAAAGAAAAAGAAACUGAAAAAGAAGUUAAAAAUAAAUAAAUAAAUAGAUAAAUAAGAAGGGAAAAGAGAUGAAAAGA